AUGCGAGUGGGCCAACAAGCUCUCAAGACAAAUUACCACUUAUCAGAUACGGGUGGUGAUACAAGAGCACCAUCCAGCUCUAUGAUUACUCGAGACAGUCUUCCCUAUACGGUAUUUGAGGCGGAGGCACCUCCAAACUCCGGACCCCACACGAGUACCGGAUCAAGAUUAGCGUCCAAUUCUAAAACCUCACGAAAGAUAGGAUGCACUUUGACCCGGAUCAACCGAGCGGGCGAGCCAUGUGCAAAAGGAUCUAUUUUGAAGUUUGAUUUUCAAGCUCCUAUUUAUCUUGAAGAUAUCGUUGGAAAGUCGCAAGGUCAAGCAAUCAACCUCCCAAAAGGCUAUUUGGCGUGUACGGACGAUCUGAGCGAGGAAGACCCCAAGAAGAAGGUAUUCGAUGCGGCAAAAACCCUCAUCGACUUCUUGUCAAAUGAUGAUCCCUCAGAACCUAUAGGCCUGGUUGAUCAAGGUUAUGGUACGGGCAUCAGCGCUGUGAGUAAAGUGAGGAAUCCCAAUACCGGAAUCAUAGGAGUGAUAGUCAGAGAGGAUGGAAGUACCAUUUCUUCCAUUCUGAGAGAAGCUUGA